GCGUGGCUACCGGGCUGGAGCUGAGGAAGUGGAGUUGGCGCGCGGGGAUUGUGGGGCGCGCGGCACUCAUAAGGGGCGGGGCUUCCCCUGCUUUCUCCUCCUCCUCCUUCCGGAUUGUGAAGCUGGCGGGCGCCAUGAGCGGCAAAGAAGGAACAGGUGGCUUUAGAAAAAGGAAGCACGACAAUUUCCCUCAUGGACAUCGAAGAGAAGAAAAAGAUAACCUUAAUUAUUCUUCGGCUGUAAUCAUGGCCUUUAAAUCAUUUCAGGUGGAGCUUGAUACAAGACAUGACAAAUACGAAAGGCUUGUGAAACUUAGUCGUGACAUAACUAUUGAAAGUAAAAGGACCAUAUUCUUAUUGCACAGGAUUACUAGUACUCCAAAUGUAGAAGAAAUACUUACGGAAUCUGAGGCCAAAUUAGAUACUGUGAGACAGAAGAUAAAACAAGUAGCACAAGAAUUGCUGGGAGAAGAUAUGUAUCAGUACCACAGAGCCAUCUCCCCAGGUCUUCAGGAAUAUGUGGAAGCAGUUUCAUUCCAGUAUUUUAUCAAAACACGGUCAUUAGUUAGCAUAGAGGAGAUCAAUAAGCAGCUGAUAUUUACAGAAGAUAAAGAGGAAGAAACAAAGCCAUCUUGUGAUUGUAACAGUAAGCAAGAUGACCACACUUGGAAUCUGAAGGUCACUCCUGUGGAUUACCUGCUGGGAGUGGCGGAUCUUACUGGAGAGCUGAUGCGGAUGUGCAUCAGUAGUGUUGGUAAUGGUGACAUCGACACCCCAUUUGAGUUAAGCCAGUUUCUCCGUCAGAUUUAUGAUGGUUUUUCCUACAUAGGCAAUACUGGUCCCUAUGAAGUUUCAAAAAAGCUUUAUACAUUGAAACAGAGUCUAGCUAAAGUGGAGAAUGCUUGCUACACACUGAAAGUCAGAGGAUCUGAAAUACCGAAGCAUAUGCUAGCGGAUGUUUUCUCCACCAAAGCAGAGAUAAUUGACCAAGAAGAUGGGCUUUCCUAAAAUGUAUGGAAAGUUCAUGGCCCAAAACAGACUUUAGAAUCAGAAUGAAGUAUUCUCAUUUGUGGGAUCUGUUCAUUAGAAAAGUUUUAGGUUUCUGGCAGACCCAGUGAUGUUUUAGGGUCACUUUUAGUUUAGUACUGUAAUCUAUUUUAACUUGUUCGGGUCACCAAUAGUACACAACCUGUUCACCAUUAUGAUACUUUAUUAUGUAUGUUUCUUUGUGCUUUGUUACCUGGACAGUCUAUAUCUGUGAUGGGUUGUGGUGGUUAGAGUCUCCAUAUUGUAUGGAAUUGCAGAAGCCUGUUGAGUCAAGAGGAAAAUUGACUUUGGAAAUGAUAACAAAGUAUGUGAAUAUUUCUUUGAGGCCUUUAAUACUCCUAGUAGAACAUUUUGUCUAAGUACUACUCUCUGUUGCUUAGUUGGUUUAUAUUCAGGAAACUGAGUCCAGUACAAACCUGGAAAGCCUGUUAAAAUUUAGCCUUCUUAUAUUUUUCAGCAGAAACAAAUUAUCUUACUUGUGAAUAAAACUAUGAUGCACAAUGUGUAGUUUCAGUUCUAUAGAUGGGAACACUGUACAGUUGCAGAGAUGUCUUUCUAACAGCAACUGCAUUUUGUAGUGAGACGAAGUUUUAAAUUGGGAAUAGUGAGCCAGUUGAAACUAUGGGACAUCAUUUGGCCCAUGCUAUGUGUAGUCGGAUUUACUGCACACUGGUUUGAAUGGAAUUGCAGUGAAAGUGCUCUGGAGAAGUAACUGACUGCAUAUUUGUGUCUCCCUUUUUUUGGGAGGAUGUGCAGUGGACAUAUUACCAAUAAGGGAUAUAUUUCUAAACUUUGACCAAAGAGUAGAAAGAAUAUUGGGGAUUUGGGCACUAUUGGCCCAACAAAUUGGGAAGGUGAGUGAUGUGGGUGAUGGAAAAGAAUUUUUUUUUUUAUAACAUGCCUUCCCUAUGUACCUCUCAUCCUCCCAAUUGGAAAAACCAAUAAUGUAUGCAUUGGAAACCUCCCCAUAUUAGGGUUUGGGGCUUAGGUGCUGCAGAAAGAUUGGCAACGGUGAAACUGUGCAGUUGCUUACUGUAGCAGAGUUUCUGUAACCAGCACCUUAAAUCAACACUGCUUUGUUUGCCCUCAGUCUUCCUCAUUGAGGAGAAUACAGGCAGUCAAAGUACAACUAAGGGUAGUCUUAGUGUGAUCAGUGACAGUUCAUGAAGUUUGCUAUCUUAGGUUCUCCCUAGUUUAUUUUCCACUGGAAAAUAAUAUGACACAGAGAUCAUUAUGGGUCAAGGACUGUAUUUGUGUAUAACUUUGUGUAUAACAGAAGGGAUUCCUAGUAAACGGCAUUGGAAUGAUGGGAAUCCAGCUAUAUUUUUAAGCAGUGUUUUUUUACACACACACUCCUUUAUUAUUCAUAUUAUUUUUCAAUAUAAUUUUAUAAUGUAGGAAAAAAAGAAAUCUGUAGGCCUAACAGUGAGAUUGAACUAAAGUGAAUUGGACUAGCAUGUUAGAGAGAAAAUAAUCAGAAAUCUGUUCGGAAGACAAAAGGAAAUGGAACUUGACAGUAUGUGUAUAAUUUAUGUUCAGAGAAUCUUUUUCCAAAUUAAUGUUUUUUUUAAAUUUCCUUUCUUGAUUAUUUACAUUGGCCUGGAUCCUAACUUCCUGUUUAUGAAAAAAUAGUUAAAUUCAUGUUUUCUCUUUCCUCCUGUGUUUUCCCAAACCGUUCUAAGUUGUACAGAAUCCUAAGAAAUGUGGAGGGUGGACUGCCGAAGGUAUCACUUCCUCCUUGUCCAAAUGGAAGGGCCUGUUGGGAUUCAAAUCAUUGUAUGUAAAGGAAAUAAUGGGUGAAAGUAUUCGAUAUAUAUUGUACAAACAGGCUGUUUAUUACCCACAAGAGUACUGAUGCCUCCCCACACCCUCCUUGCUUCUAUGUUGCAAAUCCUUACAUUGUUACCAUAGCAUGAUGGAAUUUCCAGUGUAUGAUUUAAUGAAUCCAACAAUGUUUUGUAUUUGGUAAUCAUCACAAGUUUUCCCAUGUAGUAAAAAAAAAAAAAAAAAAAAAGGGAUACAUCCAGUCCCACUCCUUUUACUGAAUGUAAUGAAUGUUUCUAUGGUUUUAUACAAUAAAAUAUUUAAAAGAA